AUGCCAUUCGUCGCCACCCCAGACCAGGUCAAGGCAUUCCAGGCCUUCUCAAGCCGCCCAGGCUUCUCACAGGAAGCCAUCAGCGUGGACUUUACCACCACCUCAGACUUUGUGAACAGCGUCCUCCCACCUGGCCUAGAGGCUGCCGACCGCCCAGUGGGCACCGUGUCCAUCUCAACCUGGGAAAGCAAGCUCUGCGGAGAGUUCGAAUGCACAAUGGUCUCCCUCCAGGCGAAGCACAAGGGUGUUGAGGGCAAAUACAUCCUUACCCUUCUCGUGAGCGGCGACAUGCCCGUCACCUGGGGUCGCGAGAUAUGGGGCGAGAUCAAGAAGACAGGCGUCUGCCAGCUCUAUCGAAGUGGCAAUCGUCGAUAUGGGUACGGCGAGCGCAAGGGAGUGCGUCUGGUCGAGCUUAGUGCUGAUUUCGAGACUGAGACGCCAGGCAACGUUGAAAGAUCCUUGGGGUAUGAGAUCAAGGCCUAUCCCUCCGCCACUGGCAUUGGUCUGCACGACGACCCGCGACUGGUUACGCUCGAUAUUGUGGAGCAUAAUACAAAACGCGCAACUGGGAAGGGCAAACUCGUCCUCCGAGGAACCAAGAGCGACCCGCUUCACGAGAUUCCAGUGCUCUCGAUUGGCGAUUUCACCUAUGUUAGUGGCGUGUCCGAGUACAGUGUCCUGAGCGAGACUCCGUUGAAUGUAGGAGACGCGUAUCUUCCUUACCUUAUUGGGCGGCACUAUGAUGAUUUGCGUGUAUUUCACAUUGGUGAUAGCUUUGACCCCAGUGAGCAGGAAGAAGACGAGAUUUUUCCGGUGCAGCGACUUCAAUCCUCAUAG